CAAGACUGAUUACUUGUACUCAGUCUUGCUCAUCUCUGUGUUCUUAGCCAUUCCUUGUCAUUUACUUGUCAGACUGCCUUCAAUAUGGCAGGCCUGCCGCCAAUCAAGAAACCACCAGGUCCAGAUAUCAGCUCUGCACCUAAACUGCUAGGUAUCACUGGAGGAUUGUACAUCGUGGCACUGCUUCUUUACGGUGGCCGCAUGUACACUCGUUUACGACCAACUCCACGAUUAGGAUGGGAUGACUACACUAUUACUGCCGCUCUAAUACUGGCUCUCAUAGAGUGGUCACUGUUCACAGCUUCCGUUUCAUACGGAGCUGGUCGACAUAAUUACUAUGUCCCUGCCGACAAGCAGAUUCCCGCCCAACAUUUGCUCUUCUCGUCAACAGUACCAUGGGCAGCCUCGAUGAUGUUCAUCAAAAUCAGCAUCGCCUGCAUGCUUCUCCGAAUCAAGCGCACAAGACCCUGGAUCAUCUUCCUCUGGACGAUGAUUGCAAUCCAAAUCGCCUCAUGUGUCGCAAGUUUAGUAUUUCAGUUGGUUCAGUGUAGGCCUCUUGCGGUAAUUUGGAACCCAGCAGCCCAUCCGAAUGCUGUAUGUACGAAGCCAGAAUCCGCCUUUAUCAGUAUAUACGUCAAUUCAUCAAUUGCGAUUGCCACCGACCUCACAUUCGCCGUUCUCCCGAUUACCUUCAUUCGCAAAAUGAACCGACCACUUCGAGAGAAGCUUGUCCUUUCUAUUCUAAUGGGUCUUGGUGUAUUCGCCGCAGCAGCCAGCAUCGUGAAAACGACUCUAGUCAAGAACUACGGGAUCACGGGCGACUCUCUCUGGGACGCCAUUGACCUGACCCUCUGGUCUAUCCUCGAAGAACAAACAGGGAUUAUCGCAGCCUGCAUCCCGUGCCUCAAAUCUCCAUUCGAAAAAGUUCUAGGUCGCAUGGGACUUCUUUCCUCAAAAGGCCGCACGGCCUACGGACGAAGCGGCUACCAAAACUACGGCCAGAGUGGCAGCAACGGACAUCAACUUUCUAACCUACGAUCUAACCGAACUGGUGUCGGAAUGUCCUCUGGCAAAGCAAGUGACGCCCAGAGCGAAGAGAGUAUCCUCCACUCGGACGACGAUAAAGUGUUCACACAGGCAGCGGGUGGGAAGAUUGUUAAAACGACGGAACUGCAUUUUAGCGAAGAGGAAAUUCCAAAGGUCGAGAGAGAGGACCUGGAUCCAAUGGAAAGGAAGAAGGCAAGUGGGAAGUGGCAUGCUGUCUAAGGAUGGAUGCACUUAUCCGCGAUUGGAUUUACUGCGAAUGCGACUGCGAUUGCGAUUCGGUUGUGGCUUUACGACGAUGCAAUUACUAUACCCCGGUGUGUUUUAAUAUGCUACGAGAUGCCAUUUGGCGUUGAAUGUUGGCAUAUGGAGUUGGAGUUGAAUUUUGCGAAAAGAGUA